UGACAAAUGAUAAGGUAGGUGUGCUUAAUCAUAGCUGUCCCUUUAAUGACAUGUAAUUAAACAAACCCAUUCGUUUCUUUUAAGAAAGUUCUUCGUUCGUGUGAUUCAUCUACUGAAUCCCACCAGCUCUGUCUCAGAUUGCUAGAUAUCCCAGAGGAUCUCUCUCGAUGGGGAAAACUGGGUUGUUUGAUCUGGAGAGGCACUUCGCCUUUUACGGGGCUUAUCAUAGCAAUCCAAUCAACAUAGCCAUCCACACCUUUUUUGUUUGGCCAAUUUUCUUCACGGCUCUGGUCAUUCUCUACUUCGUGCCUUCUCCAUUCAAUCUCCCCAGCAUCGAGAUUUCUCUGAUCGGGAACAAUAUUGUUCUGCCUCUGAAUAUUGGGUUCUUGGUUACCUUGAUCUACGCCGUGUUUUAUGUCUGUUUGGAUGUGAAAGCUGGGUGUUUGGCUGCCUUCCUCUGUUUCGUUUGUUGGGUUUUCAGCGGUUACCUUGCAAGUCAACUGGGUUUUUCACUGGCUUGGAAGGUUGUUCUGGUAGCUCAGCUGGUAUGUUGGACAGGACAAUUUAUUGGACAUGGGGUAUUUGAGAAACGUGCACCAGCUCUUCUGGACAAUCUCUCUCAAGCCUUUCUGAUGGCUCCCUUCUUUGUUCUAUUGGAGGUUCUACAGGUACUUUUUGGUUAUGAACCAUACCCAGGGUUCCAUGCUGCAGUUGAAGCAAAGAUAGAAGCUGAAAUUUGCGAAUGGCAAGAGAAGAAGAAGAAACUAAUCUCUUAAGUUCGUGCUGGUGCUUGUGUCAUGUUACUAUGUGCUGGUGCUUGUGUCAUGUUACUAUAGGAAUAAGGCCUACGAGUUGUAAUUACAAGCCUUCAAACUUGUGUGCAGAUUGUGAUUUAGGAGCUCAAAAUUCCAUAGAGUUGCAGUGGAUUUUUGAAAACUAUGUUAUAGUUGACUUGAAAUAUUGCAAACAUCUCAAGCUUUGCAGGAUAAAUUACUCUUUUGAGAGCCCCACCACUGGGUGGCUUCUGGUCUGAUUCAAUUUGGAAUUUUUCAAGUAAUGCAUAAACUGCUUGUUAUUUGCCAACA